UCAGUCGGCACAGCAGUCGAGACCGAUACGGACGUAGAGUGCGAGAGAGAGAGAGAGCGAAGAAAGAAGCGUUAUAGUAGUAGUAGUUGACGAGAGAGAAGACGUGCUAUUUGGUGCCACUUUUCUGUGAUAUAUAUAUAAGUGUGUUUUGUGAUGUGAAGUUGAAAAGAAGACUCUUUUUUGGAACGAUUUAUUAAUGUUCAGUGAUAUGACGCAUGGGAAUAAUACUAGGCUGAGCUUUCCUUCUGAAUCCAACAUGUCAAUGUCGAUCCACGAAGAUACCGGAUUUUGCUCGGGCGAGGACUACAUGGAGCACGAACUCCACUCGCCCACAGACACCAGCGAGGACAGCGUCGAAGUGAAAGUUUCCACCAUCAGCUACAACGGGAAAAAACGGAAACUGACCAACGCGCACGGGGAACAAUCGCGUACGACGACGACGACGUUUUCCGGACCGUUAAAAAAGCGCAUGUGCCAAAAAAUGAAAGCGGAAGCGGACAUCACGAUCCAGUCGUCCACCCCGUUGGGAAAAACCCCCUUUCGUCCCUGGAGCCCUCCGAAAGUCCCCGAGGACAACCUCCCGAGGUUCGUCGUGCCUUCGCCACUACCGAAACCGUCUGCCGAAUCGCGUCCGUUCGCUUACUUCCGUCCCCCGUCGCCUGUAGUAAACCAAUCGGAGCCGGUGUCUUUAGUGAUAAAACGUGAAAAGAACCUUGACGAUGAUGCGAGUGACGUGCGAGUGCCGGUACACCCGCAGAUUACGAAACUGUCCGCGGCCGAGACCGAGCGCAUGAUCCUGAAAACGAACGAGCGGUUUCCCUCUUUAACGGCCGAGACCGCCCAAAUAAAACAGAAGACGGAACAGAAACGGGAGCAGAGAAAUUACAAGAACAUGACGAGAGAGAGGAGGAUCGAGGCGAACGCGCGAGAGAGAACGCGAGUGCACACCAUAUCGGCCGCGUUUGACACUUUAAGGAAAGCGGUACCGAGUUACUCGCACAAUCAAAAACUGUCCAAGUUAUCGGUGCUCAGGAUCGCUUGUUCUUAUAUUAUGACCUUGUCGAGUCUCGUGCAAGAGGAAGAGAGCGGAAGUGCGGAAGCGAACACUUCCGAAUAUGUGGAUAUGGUUUCAAAGACCAUCCAGCGCGAAGGGAAACUAAGAAAGAAAAAAGAUGACAACGAUUAGGUUCGUGCUGACGUCACCGGUUCAAACAAAUGACGAUAUGUUCCUAUAAUGUACGUUUAAGGUCCAAAACAGUAGAUUUAGGUUAAGAGAGAGUUUUUCGUGAUAAACAUGGUGUCUUUGAAAGUCUUAUAAGCGACAAUAUGUAGAAAAGUUUCCUUUUUUUUUAAUUGUAUGUGUUAUAACUGUAAACGAUGGUAGUUCUUGUAAAUAGCUAUUUAUAGACUGCGUUAUUAUUUUUUCAAAUCAAGACUGUCUUGAGGAGCAAAUAGUCAUGACUCAUGAAUAAAAAGUACAAAAAAAAUCAUGCUUUUUGGUCUGUAAGGUUAAUUGUUAUUGUUAAUUAUUGUGAUGAUAAAUAAAUGAGAUUUUAUUCCCUUAA